AUGAUGCAAAAUACCACAAUAUCGCAUUUCAUCCUGGGGUCUUAUUUAGACUUGGGGUAUGAGAAAUACUUGUUUUUUUCCAUGGUGCUGCUGCUGUACAUGUUGAUCAUGGCGACCAACUCCUCCCUGGUGGUGCUGAUCUGUGUGACGCGGCGCUUACGGAAGCCCAUGUUCUUGUUUGUGGCCAGCCUCUUUGUCAACGAGCUCUACGGCUCCACUGGAUUCUUUCCCUUCCUCAUGCUUCAGAUCCUCAAUGACGUGCACACCAUCUCCGUGCCCGCCUGCUACCUGCAGAUAUUCACCGUCUACACCUACGCCCGCGUAGAGUUCUGCACUCUGGCCGCCAUGUCGUACGACCGCUACCUGGCCAUCUGCUGCCCCCUGCAGUACAGCGCUCGGGUGACGCCCCACCGUGUCCUCCUGUGUAUUUGUCUCAUGUGGCUCUACACGUUUGUCAGGGUUCUCACCACCCUGUGCUUGAACCUGAGCCAGCUGCUCUGCGGCAACGUCAUCAACAGCCUGUACUGCAUGAACUACCUGGUCGCUAAGCUGCUCUGCGGCGACCUGCAAGUCAUAAAUAUUUACGGGCUGGUCACCACCACCAUGUCCAUCAUGUUGCCUCUGCUGCUCAUCCUCUACUCCUACCUGAAAAUCCUGCACGUCGUCUUUUCUGGCACCAACCAGGCCAGACCCAAGGCGCUGGGCACGUGCGCGCUUCACAUCGUGUCCCUGCUCAACUUCUCUUUCGGGUGCAUCUUCCAGGUGCUGCACACGCGCUUCGACAUGAGCGCCAUGCCCGACGGCUUCCGAAUCUUCCUGUCGCUUUAUUUCCUCAUCGUUCAGCCUCUCAUCAACCCUCUCAUGUACGGAAUGCAAACGUCGCAAAUACGAGAGACGUGCAAGCACGUGUUCUCGUCCAAGACGGCUCGCAUCGGACAGGCCUGA